AUGAACUCCAGCCAGCCGUCACACUUCACACUCAGCGGUUACUUUGACGUCGGCCUGUUGAAAUACUUGUGUUUCGUCUUGCUGCUGUGUCUGUACCUGCUGAUCAUCGGAGCCAACCUGCUGCUGAUCCUGGUGAUCUGUGUGAACAGAACCCUUCAUGAGCCCAUGUACCUGUUCCUGCUCAGCCUGUUUGUCAACGAGCUGUACGGCAGCAGCUGCAUGUUUCCACUGCUCCUGGUCCAGGUCCUGUCUGACUCUCACACCGUGUCUGUUCCGCUCUGCCUGCUGCAGAUCUACUUGCUGUACUCCUACAGCGGUGUGGAGCUGUUUAACCUGGCCGCCAUGUCGUACGACCGGUACGUGGCCAUCUGCUGCCCGCUGCAUUACCACCGAGCGAUGACGAGCAGGAGGGCGGUCGUGCUGAUCGCGCUGGCCUGGCUGCUUCCCGUGCCGCUCUGCGUCAUCAUGGUGUGCAUGAGCUCGUCUCUGCAGCUCUGUGGAAACAUCAUCCACAAAGUGUACUGCGACAACUACCUGGUGGUGAGACUGUCCUGCCACGACACCAGGCCCAUCAACGUCUACGGACUGCUCCUCAACUCCACCGUCAUCUCCACCACCGUCGUCCUGAUCUUCUACUCCUACAGCAGGAUCAUCAGCGUGUGCGUCUGGAGUUCCGCAGAGACCCGGCAGAAGGCCCUCAGUACCUGCUCGCCCCAGAUGGCCUCGCUCAUUAACUUCACCUGCGGGUCCAGCUUCGAGCUGCUGUCCAGCCGCUUCGACCUGGACGGGAUUCCCGAGGUGCUGCGAGUCCUCCUGUCGCUGUACUGGCUGCUCUGCCAGCCGCUCUUCAACCCCUGCAUGUACGGCCUCAAGAUGUCCAGAGUCCGGCUGGCCUGCAGGAAGCUGCUGUCCACUUGA